GUUGUCAUACCAACCAAAGUGGCUGGUUGACCCUAUUAUUGACUCGUGUGUGCUUUUCUGUCCAGGACACUAUCAGGCAGCUGGAGAAUGAGCUGACCAAUGCUAAACUAGACAUGUCUGGCUACCUGAGGGAGUACAAGGACCUGCUGAAUGUCAAAAUGGCUGUGGAUGUGGAGAUUCUCUCUUACAGGAAACUCCUGGAGGGUGAGGAGUCCCGUCUGUACACCAUCUCUGACACCCACAUCUCCAUGCCCUGCAUCUACCGCCAGUCCCCCGUCUACACCCUGCCUUGCCUGGCCCGGCAGGGAGGGCCCACACGCAGGUCUGAGCCCCAGUACAAGUUUGUUGAGGAGAUCAUCACUGAGACCACCAGAGACAUGGAGAUGUCCGAGAUCGAGGAGACAGGCUCCGAGGAGACGGUCGGGGGAGAGGGUGACGAGUUGAGACAGAAGCAGGGAGAAGAGAGUUACAAAGCUGAGAGGAGGAGUGGGGAAGAGGUGGAUGAGCAGAAAGAGAAAGAUAGAGGUAAAGUGGAUGUUGAAGUGGAUGCCCCGGAGGAAGAGGGUGAACAGGAGGAAGAGUCUAAGAGACAGCAGAUGGUAACAUCAGCAGAGGUCGAGGUAAAUGGAGAUGGAGUUAGCCCUAGCGAGGGAGAAAAUGGAGAGGAGGGAGAGGAUGAAAGAGAGGGGAGAAAGGGGGGUGAGCCAGAUGCAAUCAAAAAGACAGAGGACAUUGACAGAGGUGAAAAUACACAAAGUGAAGUCAACUCAGCUGAGGCCACCAGUGAGGGAGAGAAGGAAAAACUGGACACAACAGAGAAGCUAGACAGCGAGAUAAAGGAGACAUUAGAAAAAGAUGACACCCCAAAACAUGGCGAAUCCCAACCAGAGAUUCCCAUGAAUGGUGACGUCUCAACAGAACCCAAAACUUCAGAGUCAGAGGAUAGCAAAACAGGAAGUUCAAUAAAGGGUGAACCACAGGUCCCCACAGAGGACAUCUCCAAAGAACCCAAAAAGGUGUCAGAGGAGAGAAAAAAAGAAAGCCCUUUAAAAGAGAAAAAAGAGGUAGAUCUGAAAGAGGAGAGUGCCCCAACAGAGCAACAUCAAGACAGCCCAAAAGAAAGUCCCAUCAAAGAGAGAAAACAUUUAUAUCUGACAGAGCAGAGUGCCCCUACACUGGAGCAGAAACCUGAUCAGAAGGAGCACAGAGAGUCAGACCAACCUCAAGAGGCAGAGAGUGCUGUGACAACACAAGAAGAGGAUCUCCCUGAGCCCACAGAGAAGGACAUGGAAUCCCCUGAUAUCACUGCAGAGCUGAAGAGCAGUCCAACCAAGGAGACAGUGGAGCAGGUGAAGUCACCAGAUGAUUCUAGUGUAGAAAUGACACAAGAUGAGAAAACAGUAGGAGGUAAAAUGCCAGACAGAAUUAUCAGCACAACAAGUGAGUGUAAGGAAGAGCCUGUGCAAAAGACUCUUAAAAAGGAGGUGGGUCCGACAGAGCCAGAAGUUAGCAGCAAGGAUGAUAUUGUAAAAAGUUUUGUGCAGAAUGAACAUAAUGGCAGUGAAAAGGUCACAAAAGAUGUCUCAAUGGGUGAGGAAAAAGGGAAAGAAUCUAAGACAUCCCCUAAACCAGACCCCACUGUGACCCCUAAAGAGGAAACAUACCCUAAACCGGACCACACUGUGACCCCGAAAGAAGAAACAUCCCCUAAACCGGACUCCACUGUGACCCCCAAAGAAGAAACAUCCCCUAAACCAGACCCCACUGUGACCCCUAAAGAAGAAACAUCCCCUAAACCGUACCCCACUGUGACCCCUAAAGAGGAAACAUACCCUAAACCGGACCCCACUGUGACCCCGAAAGAAGAAACAUCCCCUAAACCGGACCCCACUGUGACCCCCAAAGAAGAAACAUCCCCUAAACCAGACCCCACUGUGACCCCUAAAGAAGAAACAUCCCCUAAACCGUACCCCACUGUCACCCCUAAAGAAGAGACAUCCCCUAAACCGGACCCCACUGUGACCUCGAAAGAAGAAACAUCCCCUAAACCGGACCCCACUGUGACCCCCAAAGAAGAAACAUCCCCUAAACCAGACCCCACUGUGACCCCUAAAGAAGAAACAUCCCCUAAACCGUACCCCACUGUCACCCCUAAAGAAGAGACAUCCCCUAAACCGUACCCCACUGUGACCCCUAAAGAGGAGACAUCCCCUAAACCGUACCCCACUGUCACCCCUAAAGAAGAGACAUCCCCUAAACCGGACCCCACUGUGACCUCGAAAGAAGAAACAUCCCCUAAACCGGACCCCACUGUGACCCCCAAAGAAGAAACAUCCCCUAAACCAGACCCCACUGUGACCCCUAAAGAAGAAACAUCCCCUAAACCGUACCCCACUGUCACCCCUAAAGAAGAGACAUCCCCUAAACCGGACCCCACUGUGACCUCGAAAGAAGAAACAUCCCCUAAACCGGACCCCACUGUGACCCCCAAAGAAGAAACAUCCCCUAAACCAGACCCCACUGUGACCCCUAAAGAAGAAACAUCCCCUAAACCGUACCCCACUGUCACCCCUAAAGAAGAGACAUCCCCUAAACCGUACCCCACUGUGACCCCCAAAGAAGAAACAACCCCUAAACCAGACCCCACUGUGACCCCUAAAGAAGAAACAUCCCCUAAACCGUACCCCACUGUCACCCCUAAAGAAGAGACAUCCCCUAAACCGUACCCCACUGUGACCCCCAAAGAAGAAACAUCCCCUAAACCAGACCCCACUGUGACCCCUAAAGAAGAAACAUCCCCUAAACCGUACCCCACUGUCACCCCUAAAGAAGAGACAUCCCCUAAACCGGACCCCACUGUGACCUCGAAAGAAGAAACAUCCCCUAAACCGGACCCCACUGUGACCCCCAAAGAAGAAACAUCCCCUAAACCAGACCCCACUGUGACCCCUAAAGAAGAAACAUCCCCUAAACCGUACCCCACUGUCACCCCUAAAGAAGAAACAUCCCCUAAACCGUACCCCACUGUCACCCCUAAAGAAGAGACAUCCCCUAAACCAGACCCCACUGUGACCCCCAAAGAAGAAACAACCCCGCAUCCAGAGCCAACUGUCACUCCUAAAGAGGAGACAUCCCCAAUACCGGACCAAUCUGUCACCCCUAAAGAAGAAACAUCCCCUAAACCGGACCCCACUGUGACCCCUAAAGAGGAAAUAUCUCCACAACAGGAGCCAACCGUAACCCCUAAAGAAGAGACAUCCCCUAAACCGUACCCCACUGUAACCCCUAAAGAAGAAACAUCCCCUAAACCAGACCCCACUGUGACCCCUAAAGAAGAGACAUCCCCUAAACCAGACCCCACUGUGACCCCUAAAGAAGAAACAUCCCCUAAACCGGACCCCACCGUGACCCCUAAAGAGGAGACAUCCCCAAUACCGGACCAAUCUGUCACCCCUAAAGAAGAGACAUCCCCUAAACCGGACCCCACCGUGACCCCUAAAGAGGAGACAUCCCCAAUACCGGACCAAUCUGUCACCCCUAAAGAAGAAACAUCCCCUAAACCGUACCCCACUGUUGCCCCUAAAGAGGAGACAUCCCCUAAACAGGGACCAGCAGUCACCCCUAAAGAAAAAACAACCACAAAACCAGAUCAAACUGUCACCGCUAAAGAGGAGACAUCCCCACAACAGGAGCCAACCGUCACCCCUAAAGAGGAGACAUCCCCUAAACUGGACCCCACUGUCACCCCUAAAGAGGAGACAUCUCCUAAACCGGACCCCACUGUGACCCCUAAAGAGGAAACAUACCCUAAACCGGACCCCACUGUGACCCGGAAAGAAGAAACAUCCCCUAAACCGGACUCCACUGUGACCCCCAAAGAAGAAACAAUCCCGCAUCCAGAGCCAACUGUCACUCCUAAAGAGGAGACAUCCCCAAUACCGGACCAAUCUGUCACCCCUAAAGAAGAAACAUCCCCUAAACCGGACCCCACCGUGACCCCUAAAGAGGAAAUAUCCCCACAACAGGAGCCAACUGUAACCUCUAAAGAGGAGACAUCCCUUAAACCGUACCCCACUGUGACCCCUAAAGAAGAAACAUCCCCUAAACCAGACCCCACCGUGACCCCUAAAGAGGAGACAUCCCCAAUACCGGACCAAUCUGUCACCCCUAAAGAAGAGACAUCCCCUAAACCGGACCCCACCGUGAACCCUAAAGAGGAGACAUCCCCAAUACCGGACCAAUCUGUCACCCCUAGAAAGGAAAUAUCCCCACAACAGGAGCCAACCGUAACCUCUAAAGAAGAGACGUCCCCAAUACCGGACCAAACUAUCACCCCUAAAGAAGAAACAUCCCCAAAACCAGAACUAGCAGUCACCACUAAAGUAGAAACUUCCCCAAAACCAGAAACAGUAGUCAUCCCAAAAGUAGAAACUUCCCCAAAACCAGAACUAGCAGUCACGACUAAAGUAGAAACUUCCCCAAAACCAGAACUAGCAGUCACCACUACAGUAGAAACUUCCCCAAAACCAGAACCAGCAGUCACCCCUAAAGAUGAAACAUCCCCUAAACCAGAACCAGCAGUCACCAGUAAAGAGGAAAUAUCCCCACAACAGGAGCCAACCGUAACCCCUAAAGAGGAGGCAUCCCUUAAACCGUACCCCACUGUCACCCCUAAAGAGGAAAUAUCUCCACAACAGGAGCCAACUGUCACCCCUAAAGAAGAAACAUCCCCUAAACCGUACCCCACUGUUGCCCCUAAAGAGGAGACAUCCCCUAAACCAGAACUAGCAGUCACCACUAAAGAAGAAACUUCCCCAGAACCAGCAGUCACCCCUAAAUUUGAAACUUCCCCAAAACCAAACCCAACCAUCACCCCUAAAGAGGAAAUAUCCCCUAAACCAGACUCAACCCUCACCCCAGAAUCAACGACCACCCCUAAACCAUACUCAACCCUCACCCCAGAAUCAACGACCACCCCUAAACCAGACUCAACCCUCACCCCAGAAUCAACGACCACCCCUAAACCAGAAUCAACCCUCACCCCAGAAUCAACGACGACCCCUAAACCAGACUCAACCCUCACCCCAGAAUCAACGACCACCCCUAAACCAUACUCAACCCUCACCCCAGAAUCAAUGACCACCCCUACGGAAGAGAGUGAAACGACGGGCAGUGGUGACAAAGCUAAGACAAUCACACCACCAGAGAAACAGAUGCCUGCAGUUGCAGAGAGCAAGGACUCCCACAGGGAGGUGCCAGAAAGCAACACAACUCAGGAGAAACAAGAGGAAAGUAUGGACAAAGAUUUUGAGAAAGUUACAGAUCCCAAAGAUGGAACCCCAAAGACAGAGAGUGUGAAAACCAAGGCCUCUGAGUUAAAAUCUGAACAAGUUGAGAUAUCUAUUACAAAUACAUUACCAGUGAAAGAACAGGAUGUAUCAGCCGUGGGUUUGAAAGAUCAGACAGUUGAUGAGAAGAUAACAGAACAAGAUACAUUUUAAAUAGACGAGAACUGCUUUACAGGAGGUGAUGGAGAGAGCAAAGAUGACAAAACUGCGAACAGGACAAGCUGCUGAGCCAAUCGCAGAGAAGCAGGCUAAACCUAAAACUUGAGACUUAACCUCUUUUUGGAAUGACUAGAUUUAGAGGUCAGUAGAGGUUUUCUGUAAAACUGCAUGGUUAGUGCAAGCCUUUAAAGCAAUAUGAGAACUGCUCCCCCUUAAAAUAUUAACUGACGCUUAAUAUGUAAAGUAUCAUGGUUCGUGACUGUCAAUUAUGACCAGGGCCGCAACUUUCACUGGGGACGGGGACGGGGGGACGGGGGGACAUGUCCCCCUCCCACAUUCUGAAAUUGUAUUUAUAUCCCCCCCAGUUUUAUCAUUGGAAUGUGUUACAAAACGAGGCAUAGGUGUGCUUUUGGACAAUGUGGAUGCCUCCGAGUGGUCGGGUAGGCUGUUUGGAGUGUUUAUCCGACUGGAUAUUUUCAUUUAUUUACAAUAAUAAUAACAUCCCCCCCCACUUCUAAAAUCAAAGUUGCGCCUCUGAUUAUGAGGCACAAUUAAUGAACUCCUGCAAGAGAGACGUACUGUAAUAUUGAAUGUAACAAACCAAAAGCUGUAUUUUGCUGUAUAUAUUUACUUCUGACCAAUGGAUGAUAAUGUGCAUAGGGAUGAUAAUGAGAAUGGUUGAUAAUGUGAUUUGAUCAUGCCUGAAUGCGCUGAGCAAUAAAUGCUAUUUGAAGAGCA